AUGAACAUUUCAGCAUUACUUGCUGCUCAUAGAAGAAAAAUGCGGAAGACAAUUCUUGAUAAUAGGCGAACAAAGUCAAAUAAAAGAAGAAGUGCACCAAGUGGUAGAGGAUCCUCUAAAAUUGUUAACAAAUCUCAGUUAACCGACGAAGAAAAUUAUAAUCCUAAUCUUCCUUCGUCAUCUAAUAGUUUUCAGACAGUGCGUAACUUUACAUCUUUAACAACGUCAACACCCUUAAGUGGCAUAACAACUGGUGCUAUUACUUUUAAUAACCAAUCAACCCAUACGCCUAGCAGUUCUCAGUUUUCUAUUGUUUCAAACAUUGUAACACAAAACAGUAACAACAUUCUUCGAUCUUCUUCUACGUUGACUAAGCUUAAAUCUGGUAAACAAAAGGUUUUACCUAAGAAACGUAUUAUCGAACCUAUUCCAAUGGUAGAUCUUACUUCUGAUGACGACAAUGAAAAUUUACAUUCCAUUGAAGACCCUUAUAAAGGUGUAUCCACAGAUUAUUUGGAUCACGGUAAUCAAAUCCUUAGAUGCGAGAUGUGUCAUUCAUUAUUAUGGUCUGACGAAGGUGGUAAAGGUCGAAUUACAUUGGGUAAGUUAACUUAUAGUUUAUGUUGUGGUUAUGGCAAAGUGGAGCUUCCAGAUUUGAAAGAACCUACUUCAGUAUACAAGGAUCUAUUUGGAAAUUCUAAUGAAAAAAGUAAGUACUUUUUAAAGAAUAUCCGACGAUACAAUUCUAUGUUCUCCUUUACAUCAAUGGGUGGAAAGGUAGAUUCGAGUAUCAACAGUGGUAAGGCACCAUAUGUAUUUCGUAUUAGUGGACAGAAUUUCCACACAUUAGGUGGUUUGGUACCUGCACCUGGUAAAGAUCCAAAGUUCUCCCAGCUUUAUAUUUACGAUACUGAUAAUGAAGUUUCAAAUCGGAAAAGGUUGUUCAGUGAAUCUACAAAUAAGUCGGAUUCUCAUUUAAAGCAAUUAGAUAUUCAGCUCAUAAAGUUUUUAAAAGACUUCCUGGAUCAUAAUAAUGAGUUGGUUAAAAGUUAUAGAAUUGCAAGAAACCACUUCAAUGAGAAUCCUAAUGAAAAUUUCAAGCUUCGUCUCAUUUACAAAAGAGAUCUUGACGGUCGUACUUACAACUUGCCCUCAACUUCAGAAGUUGCUGCAUUGAUAGUUGGUGAUCUACAUAAAAUAAUUGAUCAUCGUGAUAUUGUUGUUGAGUCUCAUACUGAAGGUCUUCAACGAAUCAGUGAACUUCAUCCAUCAUAUCUAGCACUUCAGUAUCCAAUCCUUUUUCCUAAUGGUGAUGAUGGAUAUAGAAUAGACAUUCCUCAUAGGGAUGGUAUACGUACGUUAAAGAAAAUUCGACCCAAGUGUACAAUGAGAGAAUUCUUUGCUUAUAGAAUUCAAGAUCGAUCAUCUGCCUUUUCUAUAAUUUUAAAAGCUCGGAGAUUGUUUCAACAAUUUUUGGUAGAUGCAUAUACCAUGAUUGAGAGUGAAAGGCUUAAUUAUAUUCGUUUUCAACAGAAACAUCUAAGGUCUGAAACAUAUUCAAAUCUUCAAAACCUGAAAAACGAAGGAAAAGAUGAUCUAUCAAAUACUGGUAUACGUGUUUUAUUACCAUCUUCUUUUACCGGCGGAUCACGCUAUAUGCAACAAAACUAUUUAGAUGCUAUGGCUAUAUGUAAAUGGUUUGGAUAUCCCGAUUUUUUUAUUACCGUUACAUGUAAUCCGAAGUGGCCAGAGAUUAAACGAUACUUGAGAAAUACUUCAAUUAAGCCUGAAGACAGGCCAGACAUUUUGUGUAGAUUGUUUAAAAUAAAGCUCGAUUCACUUACAAAGGAUCUAAAGGACAAAAAAGUAUUUGGAGAAUUAAGUGCAGCCGUUUAUACUGUGGAGUUUCAAAAACGUGGAUUGCCUCAUGCUCACAUUUGCAUUUUUUUGAAACCGGAAUCCAAAAUUUUGUCCGUUGAUCAUCUUGACAAGUUCAUUUCUGCUGAGAUACCUGAUAAGAGAGAAGAUCCAAGCCUAUAUGCACUUGUGACUGAUUUCAUGAUUCAUGGUCCAUGUGGAAAUGCAAAUCCGAGUUGUCCUUGUAUGGUUGAUAGUAGAUGUUCAAAAAACUAUCCCAAAAAAUUCAACGCUGAGACCACCACUGAUGCUGACGGUUUCCCUGUAUAUAGAAGAAGAGACAAUGGAAACACUGUUACAAAGUCCAACGUUCAAUUAGACAACAGAAGUGUUGUUCCUUAUAGUCCGGUUCUUUUGAAAAGAUACCAAGCUCACAUUAAUGUUGAAUGGUGCAAUCAAGCUGGUUCUAUUAAAUAUUUGUUCAAGUACAUUAAUAAAGGCGCAGAUAGAGCUUCCCUUGUAGUGUCAAACCGAGACGGUACAGAAAAUGAACAAACAACAAAGGAUGAGAUCAAAGCGUAUUAUGAUUGUAGGUACGUUUCGGCCUGUGAAGCUUCUUGGAGGAUAUUUGCAAAUGAGGUUCACUUUAGGUUUCCUCCGGUCAUGAGACUUCCUUUUCAUCUUGAAGGUCAACAAAAUGUUGUAUUUGGUGCCGAGGACGAUAUACAAGAAGUUUUGGAUAAGCCAUCAGUUUCUUCUUCGAUUUUUCUAAAGUGGUUUGAGAUGAACAGAAACGAUGAAAAUGCACGGAAACUUACCUAUGUUGAGUUUCCUACUAAAUUCUGUUGGAAGUUAACAGAUAGAGUAUGGAAACCACGUAAAAGAAAGCUGUUACAGAUCGGACGGAUUCAUUCUGUUUCCCCUGCUGUGGGUGAACCGUAUUUUCUUAGAAUUCUCCUAAACAAAGUCAAAGGACCCAAGUCGUUUGAAGAUAUUAGAACUGUUGAUGGUCAGGUGUUUCCAACUUUCAGGGACGCGUGUUAUGCUAUGGGUUUGUUAGAUGAUGACAUGGAGUACAUUGAAGCAAUUAAGGAAGCAAAUUUUGCGGGUGAUGGUCGUUAUACCCGUGCACUUUUUGUUACUUUGUUGUUGUCAACUACAUUGUCAAGACCUGAAUAUGUAUUUGAACAAACAUGGAAAUUAUUGGGCGAUGACAUAUUAUACAAUAGAAGAAGAUCAACAAAAAACAAAGAACUUGUAAUGUCUGAUGAGAGGUUGAAGAAUCAGACAUUGGUUGAAAUUGAAAAGUACCUGAUUCGAAAUGGUUCCUCUUUGACACGAUGGCCGACAAUUCCUUAUCCUGAUUACGAUUCCUUUGCUGCUGGAAACAAUCGUUUGGUUGACGAAGAAUUAUCUUUUGAUAUUCCGCAGCUUCAGAGUGAGCUACAUACUCUUAUAUCUUCAUUGACUGACGAACAAAUGUGCAUUUAUACUCAAAUUAUGAAAGCAGUUGAAGAUGGAAAAGGAGGUGUAUUUUUUGUAUAUGGAUAUGGUGGAACAGGUAAGACAUUUCUCUGGAAAACUUUAGCUUUAUCCGUUAGGUCUAGAGAACAGAUCGUUCUAAAUGUUGCUUCGAGUGGUAUUGCUUCUUUGCUAAUGUCAAGAGGUAGAACGGCACAUUCUCGAUUUCACAUUCCCAUAAAUUUAGACGAGAGUUCGAUGUGA